UCAUACAUUGUAUAUGAGGUUGGAGUAAACUGGCUCACACAGUAUAUUAUAUGAACGCUGUUUGUGUGUGUGUAAAUCAUUUAUACUUUUUUCAUAAUAUAUUAUAUGUCUUGAUCACUUUAUAAUGCAGAAUUAAAUAUUGUAAUAAUAAUAAGAAAGACAAUGUAACAUGUUGAUAUAAUACUAAUUGAUAUUUGUUAAUAUAGUCUGUAGGCAUUGUGUAAAUAUUACAAAUUCAAAUUGAUUAUACAUAAAUACACACAACAUUACAAAUAUUAAAGGUAUUUUCAUCAGAUUUCAUCUGAGUGGCCUUUGAUCUAGUCAAAUUUCAGAGGAGGCAUCCUUACCUCUUCCCCUGUGUAUACCCCUACCAGUAGCAAUCAGCUGUAAAAUCUUGACAAAUCCAAACAUGCAAAAUGUGCCCAUUGUUGUCACAUAAUGCCUCAAAAUGACUAUAUUUCUUAUAAAAUAAGGCUAAUUUUAUUAUGGAGCCUCUCUGUAAGAUCUAACCCCACUACUGAUUCCAAGGAUGUGACCAUUCUGCAUUUCAACGACAUCUACAAUGUAGAGCCCUCAGCUAGUGAGCCGGUGGGUGGGGCUGCCAGGUUUUGUUCCUUGAUUAAGAGCUACAGCUAUCUCCAACCCCUUGUUCUAUUCAGUGGGGAUGUUUUCUCUCCAAGUCCUUUGAGUUAUUUCACCAAAGGUGCUCAGAUGUCGGCUGUUCUCAAUGAGUGUGGGGUUCAUGCAGCUAUUUUUGGAAACCACGAUUUUGAUUAUGGAUUGAACGUUUUAAAACAGCGGGUGGAAGAGACACAGUUUCCUUGGAUACUGUCCAAUGUAAUGACAGACAACAAUCUGACCCUUGCACAAAGUCAACGUACUCUGGUGGUGCAAAGAAACAACAAACGUAUCGGACUGAUAGGACUGACUGAACAGAAGUGGCUUGAUGUUCAAAUUACUAUUGACCCAGUUAGAGUACACUAUCAAGACUUCAUCCUUAUCUGCAAUGACCUGACAGAGUAUCUUCGCAAUCAGGGUUGCGACUAUGUUAUAGCACUGACUCACCUGCGAAUGAAAAAUGACAUCAAGUUGGCAGAAGGUUGUCCAGGUGUAGACCUAAUCCUAGGAGGCCAUGAUCAUGAAUAUCAAGUAAUUCAGGUCAAUGGGACGUACAUUGUGAAGAGUGGAAGUGACUUUAAAAGUCUUUCUAAAAUUCAUCUCCAAUUUAGAACAAAUGUUAUUGAACCAAAAAUUCAAGAAAUUAAUGUAACUUCUAACAUUCAAGAGGAUAAUAUUCUAAAGAACUUGCUGAGGAAAUACUCUGAUGUAUUGGAGAGGGAGGGAGACAAGCAGCUUCUAGUCUUGUCAGAGGCAAUGGACGCACGUGUCAAUGAGUUAUGGCGUGCUGAGUCUAGCCUGGGCAACUGGCUGAGUGAUGCUGUACUAUCAGUAACCGCAGCAGAUAUUGUGCUGCUCAACUCUGGUAUGUUCAAAGCCAAUAGGGAGUUCCCAGCUGGACCCUUCACACGGCAGCACUUCGCAGCUUUACUGCCCAUAACCAGUGCCAUGGUGAUGCUCAACAUCACUGGUCAGACUGUGCUGGAGAUGUUAGAGAAUGCAGUGAGCCGUUACCCAGAGCCUGAUGGGAGGUUUGGAAAUGUGGCAGGGGUACAGUUUAGUUUCAACCCCGAGGCUAGGAUGGGGCAAAAGGUGAUCCCCCACCAGGUGAUAGUCGGAGCCGGGAAGCUGAAGCUGGACAGAUAUUACAAGCUGGCCACCAGAGUCUACCUACAAAAGGGCUAUGACGGCUACACGAUGCUACAGGGAACUCCCGAACUUGAGGUAGAAACAGGUGUGUGCUUGACUCUUGAAAUGAUUAUUGAAACUUAUUUGGAGACUCUGCAGAAGAUAUCAAAAAACUGGUUGAAAUUCUUUCAUUUAAUUACUCCUUCAAAUCAGCGUCAUUUAUGCCUGUUUCCAGAAUCUGGGCCAAUAAUGUUAUGCCCCAAAACUGACAAGAGGAUAAAUCCGUGCUUCAAAGAAUGCACCAAUAUAAAUCAAUGAUUAAUUUUACACUGCAGCAUAAGUAAGCUAUUAAAAUGUAAUUGUUAUUUUUGGGAGUAAUUUUUUUAUAUUUUUUACAAAGUAACUGUUAACAAAAUAUUUAUUAUUAAAUUAGAGAUAAAAGAUUAUAAUUGUGCCACGAAUUUAAAAUAUGGCUCCUAUCUUGUUCGUAAAAAAGUUUCUGAAACUUUUCUAUAAUUCAUGAAGAAAGAUGAUUCAAUGAAGAACUUCUUAAUAUGAUAACAAUCUUAAAUAAACUUCUUUAACCCAGAA